UGAAGUGAAGAUCAGUGUAGCAAAAUUAUGGAGAGGUGGGGAUUCGAUAUCGGAACAAGGCUACAGUAGUAACUGAAUUUUGGAAGAAGUAACUAACGUUAGAAAGGAACGGCUAGGAUUUAAUGGGAAGCAAUGGUGAGGAUGAUGUAGAGGAGAGAGAAAGAAAACUAAGUUUUGGAAAAGUCACAUUUCUUUCCUUUCCGCUUCUCACGUUUCUUUCCUUUCUGCUUCUCUGUUUCUCUGUACUUCCUUUUGUUCUCAUCCUUCUUCUUCGUUUCUCACUUACAACUUUCCUAUGGAGGUUAUGAAGUUCUUAGUUGAUAGUUCAUUACGUGUAAUUGAGACUUCCGAUCAUCAAUAAAGUUGGUUUGGUUUCUGUGAUUUCCAAUUCAAAUUGUAAAUUGAAUUUGUGAUCCUAUUAAGGUCAUAACAGUUGGUAUCAGAACCUUUGAACCUGUGUGAUGGCUGAGGGUACAUGCUGGAAGAUUAUAGAGGAUAAGCUAACAAGGCACGAUGAAAUGCUAGCCGAUCUGCUGAAUUCACAAGAGGAAGUACGUCAUGCUCAAACUGGAAUUCAAGGAACACUGGACUUAAUUUUUGAGAGAUUGGGAGUGUUGGAGAGAGCUCAGGUGGUUUCGAAUGUGGGAGCAGGUUUACUACCUAUUACGAAUGUGGAUAAUCGCAAUAGAGCUCAGCCGAAUGCAGUGACAUUACCUAGGUGGGAGUUACCUUGUUUCGCAGGUCAGGAAUCGAAGGUGUGGAUCCGAAAAUGUGAUAGAUUUUUUACACAGUACAGAGAAGGUAAUGAACAGAGGGUAGAAAUGGAUGCGUUGUAUUUGACUGAUGUAGCAGAAGUGUGGUAUCAGUCAAUGGUGUUAAGUGGAGGAAUACCGAAUUGGAUUGAGUUUAAAGAGGAUUUGAUAAGUAGGUUUGGGGAAAUUGUAGUGAGUGAUGUGGCGGAAGAAUUUAAUAAAUUGCAACAGAUCGGAACUGUGGAAGAGUCUUUAGGACAAUUUGAGGAUCUAAAAGCUCAAAUUCUUAUACGAAAUCCGGCUUUGAAUGAAGCUCACUUCCUAUCUAGUUUCGUUAGAGGACUAAAAGAGGAGAUCAGAUUAGAGGUGAAAAUGUUCAAACCGAGGACAUUGAAGGAAGCUGUAGAGAAAGCGAGAAUGAAGGACAUGGCAAUUGAAGCUGGCUGAAGGUGAAACAGAGUAGCAAACCGAGUGUUGCCGGCAGCUGUGCAAGGAGUAGGAAAAACAUCUACUGCAAUGGUUAAUCGGAAUGGACCUUAUCGGCUUACUCCUAAGAUUUACGAGUUUAGGAAGUCGAAUCACUUGUGUUUCCGAUGUGGUGAGAAAUAUGGGCCGUGACAUAUUUGUAAAGUAAGGCAGUUGAAUUAUUUGACUGGUUUCGUUGAGGGUGAUAAAGAAGGUGAUCAAGUUUCAGAAUUGGAUGACAAUGAAGACAUUACCAUUGAAGGAGUAGUUGAAUAGGAGGUACAAUAGGCUGUUUGUUUAAAUGCAUUGACGGGCCAUAAUAUGGGGAAAAUACAAUUUUGGUGGGAGGAACUGUAAAGAAGAGACACUUGGAAAUACUGAUUGAAGAAAGGUCAAGCUAUAGUUGCUCAUCUUUUUAUGAUGAACAUGAUAAAAAAACAGCGAGGAUGAAGUAAUUGAAGAGGGACAACAGAAACUGUUAGAUAAAUAUGGGGACAUCUUUGCGGAACCAAAGUCUUUGCCACCAAAGAGAUUGUUUGAUCAUGCGCUACCCCUCAAACUAAGAGCUGUACCUGUCAGUUUGAGACCCUAUCGGUAUAAUUCCCAUCAAAAUAAUGAGUUGGAGAAGCAAGUAAAAGAGAUGUUAAGCAAUGGAAUCAUACAGGCUAGUCAAUCACCUUAUUCAUCACCGGCAUUGUUAGUAAAAAAGAAGGAUGGUACCUGGAGGUUCUGUGUCGUUUAUAGAGGGUUAAAUGACUUGACCAUUAAGGACAAGUAUCCAAUACCAAUUGUUGACAAUUUGUCAGAUGAACUGCAUAGAGCGUCGAUAUUUUCUAAGGUGGAUUUGAGAGCUGGGUAUCAUCAAAUUAGGAUGAAGAUGGAAGAUGUACACAAGACUGCAUUUCGUACUCACAUGGGCCAUUAUGAGUUUCGAGUAAUGCCCUUUGGACUCACUAAUGCCCCAGCAAUAUUUCAAGCCUUAAUGAACCAGAUUUUUCGAUUGUUUAUUCGAAAGUUUGUCUUAAUAUUUUUCGAUGAUAUACUAAUCUAUAGUAGAAACAAUGCAAAACAUUUACAGCAUCUGCAAGUGGUGUUUAAUAUUUUGAGAAUGAAUGUGUUGUUUGCAAAGAGAUCUAAAUGUUCUUUUGGUCAAGCAAAGUGUACUUAGGCCAUGUUAUUACUAAGGAAGGGGUGACUACUGAUCCUCAUGAGGUUCAAGCUAUGGUGGAUUGGCCUAGACCCAAGACUUUACGGGCUCUAAGGUGGUUCCUUGGUUUAACCGGCUACUAUCGAAAGUAUGUACAGAAUUAUGGACCAUCAGCAGACCACUCGCUGAUUUGUUAAAGAAAGAAGCCUUCAAGUGGAAUAGUGAGGCUGAAAAUGCAUUUGAAAGUCUUAAGAAAGCUAUGAAGACUACACCGGUGUUGGCUCUUCCUGAUUAUACUCAAGAAUUUGUGGUGGAAACUGAUGCGGGCCAUGGGGGUAUUGGGGCUGUGCUAAUGCAACAAGGGAAGCCAAUUGCGUUCUUUAGUAAAGUGUUGGCUCCUAAACAUCGAGGUAAAUCUAUUUUUGAAAAAGAGUAUAUGGCUCUACUUAAUGCGGUGGACAAGUGGAGACAUUAUUUACAGUUUAAACACUUUGUUGUUAAGACUGAUCAUCACAGUUUGAAACACUUGUUAGAACAACGAGUGACUUCGGCUAUACAACAGAAAGGUUUAACAAAAUUGUUGGGUCUUGAUUAUGAGGUGUGUUACAAAAAGGGCGCCGAGAAUAGAGUGGCUGAUGCUCUAUCUAAGCGACAAGAAGGAUUGCAGGCAGACGAGAUUUCGGAGGUAGGAUUAUUGAUGGCUGUGAGUAUGAUCACGCCCAUGUGGAUCCAAGAAAUUAUGCACAACUAUAGUGAGGAUUCGUUUGUUCAAGAAUUAAUGACCUUGUUAUCAGUAGACACACACGGGCCUAGUUUGUGGCAUAAUGUUACUGGUGUUUUGAGGUGUAAAGGCAAGGUUUAUGUGGGUUCUCAAGGGCUUUUACGGCAGCAACUCAUUUCCAAUUUUCGUGAUACUCUUUUGGGUGGGCAUUCGGGUCUGUUAGGUACUUUGAAGAGAUUAACUCAAUAUUUCUAUUGGACUUAAAUGAGGACUAUGGUGAAUGACUAUAUGGCUCAGUGUGAGGUAUGUCAUCGUAACAAAGACGACAAUGCAGCAUAUCCGGGUUUACUUCAACCUUUGCCGAUUCCGAAUGAAGCUUGGAGUCAUGUUAGCAUGGAUUUUAUAGAGGGGUUACCAAAGUCUCAGAAUAAAAGUUUGAUCUUGGUGGUGGUUAAUCGUUUCACCAAGUACGCUCAUUUUAUAGCUAUGGCUCAGCCCUUUACUGCUCUGAUAGUGGCUGAAUUAUUUUGGAAGCGAAUCCACAGGUUACAUGGAACUCCAGAGUGUAUUGUAUCUGAUCGAGACAAAGUAUUUUUGAGUAAAUUCUGGCAGGAAAUGUUUCGGCUAUUAGGUACAUAGUUGCAUUAUAGUUCAACCUAUCAUCCUUAGAGUGAUGGCCAAACUGAGCGAGUCAAUCGAUGUUUGGAGAACUAUCUUCGUUGUAUGACUGCUAAUCUACCUAUUCAGUGGAAGAAAUGGUUGUCUGCUGCAGAAUGGUGGUAUAACACCAACUUCCAUACGGGCUUGCAAUGCACUCCAUUUGAAGCGUUGUAUGGAUAUACUCUGCCUCAACUUUCGAUCGGGCCUCUUCUGGAAACAAUAGUACAGGAAGCAGAGGAUGUAGUGAUGCAUCCACAACAGUUUCUUCAGUUAUUAAAGGAUAAUAUCGCUAAUUCCCAAGCUCGGAUGAAAUUUUUUGCGGAUAAGAGAAGAACUAAGCGUGAGUUUGCAGUCGGCGAUUGGGUUUAUUUGAAACUUCAACCUUAUAGGCAGACUUCAUUAGCUUUAAGAAGGAAUUUAAAACUCAGUUCUAAGUAUUACGGUCCAUAUCUAAUACUUGAGAAGGUGGGGUUAGUGGCUUACAAAUUAGCUCUACCUAUGCAGUCUAAGAUUAACCUGGUCUUUCAUGUAUCGUUGUAAAAAAAGAUGGUAGGCGAUCGAGUGGUAGUACAGUCGGAGUUGCCUUAUACGAAUGAUGCAGGGCAGUUCUUGGUGCAACCAGUGGCUAUUUUGCAGCGACAAAUGGUCAAACGUAACAAUGUGGCAGUGGUGCGCGUACUAGUGCAAUGGUCUAAUCUUCCACCCGAGGAUGCUACGUGGGAGGAUUAUGAAUUUUUGCGUGCUAUUUUUCCCGGUUUUGACUCUAUUCCUGGAGGUCAAGGAUUCUUUGAUGCGGUGGGGAAUGUUAUGAAGUGAAGAUCAGUGUAGCAAAAUUAUGGAGAGGUGGGGAUUCGAUAUCGGAACAAGGCUACAGUAGUAACUGAUUUUGGAAGAAGUAACUAAUGUUAGAAAGGAACGGCUAGGAUUUAAUGGGAAGUAAUGGUGAGGAUGAUGCCACAUAGAUUGAAGGUGGUUAUAUAAUAGUGGUUAGAGGAGAGAGAAGGAUAACUAAGUUUUGUAAAAGUCACGUUUCUUUCCUUUCUGCUUCUCACGUUUCAUUCCUUUCUGCUUCUCUAUUUCUCUUCUAUCUUUUUAUUUCUCUGUACUUCCUUUUGUUCUCAUCCUUCUUCUUCGUUUCUCAUUUACAGCUUUUCUAUGGAGGUUAUGAAGUUCUUAGUUGAUAGUUCAUUACGUGUAAUUGAGACUUCCGAUUAUCAAUAAAGUUGGUUUGGUUUCUGUGAUUUUCAAUUCAAAUUGUAAAUUGAAUUUGUGAUCCUAUUAAGGUCAUAACAGAUUCCUAUCUGUAAUUUUUGUUACUAAUAGUCAAAAACAUCAAAAAUAUCUUCUGGCUGCUCUAACACUUCCUGUUUACAUCAAAGUAAUAAAGAGCUGAACAAUCAUCUUAAAAUUCUGUAAAUUGUUCUGCUUGCCCUCAAAACAUCUCUGAUUACUUUCUUUCCACAUUGUCCACCAUAUACACGCUGGGACAAUCUUUAGUCUCUCUUCCUUUUUCAGUAGCAUUGCCCACACUGAUCCAGCAUUUUAGAACACCCUCUAUAUUCCAAGGCUUAACCGAUGUUAUCUUUCUUGAGCUGAUAAAGAUCCCCCAUAGCUGAUCUACCCAUUUCCAAUGUAUAAAAAACAUGGUUGACUGUGUCUGUUUGUUCCCAACACAAGUAACAUCUGGAACGAAGUUGGAACCCCCUUUUCUUCAUAUUUUCCUGUGUCAGCACUGCUUUCUUGGCCAGCAGCCAAGAAAAAUAUUUUACCUUAUAUAAAAUUUAACCCUCCAUAUCAUCUUCCAUGACCAAUUCUCCUCCCUGUUAUUUAAGACAAUAAGAUCUCCAUAUGCAGAAUUGACAGUGAAAAUCCCAUCGCUGCCUAUCUUCCACUGUUGUCUCCUCUUCCCUGUUAAGUUACUGAACGGUGCUAUUGUGUUGUUGAAAGCAUCUAUCCUCUCCAUUUCCCAAUCAUUAAAAUUUCUUUUGAGAUGCAGAUUCCACCCUUAACCUGUACACAUUUCAUGCACAAUUGCCUGUUGUUGAAGGCAUAAAAUGUGGGUGUCUGGGUCAGUGAUACAAAAGGCGAGCGCCUCCUCUCCUUUGGCGAGCGCCUCCUCGCCUUUGGCGAGAGGCGAGGCGAGGCGAGGGGUCCUCGCCAUUCUCUGCCGAGGCGAGGCGAUGGUAAAAAGGCGAGGUGUGGCGCUGAAAUGGCGAGAGAAAAGGCGCCGCCUUAUUAAUUAAAAAAUUUUGACUUAAUAAUAUUAGUCAAAAUUAGGGUUCUUUUUUUUUACUUUUGAAAUUUCUGAAAUCCACCGCGCGACUCUCUCUCUCUCUCUAUUGACUCUCUUCUCUUCUCCUCCAUCGCUGUCUCUUCUACCUUGCUCUCCAUUGCUGUCUGUUCUCCCUCUCUCUCCAUCGCUGUUAGCUUCUCCUUCUCUCAAGUUCUCCUUCUCCCUCGCCGGCCGCCGGCUCACGAGUUCCCUCCGACCCUCGCGACUCUCUGUUUUCAGCGAAUUAAUUGAAUUGAAUAAUCAAUGGCGGAUGCUAGAAAAAAGAGGGACAUUGGAUGGAAUUAUGGCACUCAAGGAGCAACGAAAGAUUCGGUUAAGUGCUUUUGCAAUUUGGAUGUAUGAUGUCAGGCUCCCUUUUUUAAUUGCGUCAAUCACAAAUCAUUCGAUAAAUUUAUUGAGGCGGUUGGACAACAUGGCCCCGGAAUGACGCCUCCUACAUUCCAUGAAGUUAGAGUCACUCACCUUAAAAAAGAGGUGGAUAAAGUAGAAAAAAUUGUUGAUGAGCAUAAAAUCCAAUGUAAAAGUUUGGAUGUUCCAUUAUGAUGGAAAAAUGGACGACAUGAAAUGGCAAAAUGAUCAUCAAUAUUUUGGUGAAUUCUCCAAUCGGUAGUGUAUUUCUUGGUUCGGUUAAUGCUAGCAAUGAAUCUACUGAUUCUACCAAAAUGUACAAGUUACUUGAAAGCACUAUCGAAAGAAUUGGACCGAAAAAUGUGGUACAAAUUGUCACUGAUAAUGCUAAUGAGAAUGUCAAAGCGGGAUGUAUGAUGAUGGGUGCGUAUCCACACAUUUAUUGGACUCCAUGUGCCGCUCAUUGCAUCAACUUGAUAUUUGGUGACAUAUUCAAGGUUAAGCCAUAUGCUUCCGUUUUUAAGAAGGCCAUCAGAAUCCAUUCUUACAUUAGUCAAAGGCCAUUGUUGUUAAACUUGAUGAGAAAAUUCACCAAAGAAAGAAAUUUGGUGAAACCGGCCAAGACAAGAUUUGUAACGACAUUCUUAACUUUAAGAGCUAUGUACAUACAAAGAAAAAACUUGAAAACUUUAGUCCUCUCAACCGAAUGGAAUUCAAGUAAAUUUGCAAAGGAAACUUCGAGGAAAGAAGUUGCCAAUCUUAUUAUUUCUGUCCACUUUUUGAAUGAUGUUGUUCGGGCACUUACAGUUUGUAGCCCUUUGACAAAAGUGCUUCGUUUGGUGGAUAGGGAGAAAAAACCACCAAUGGGUUAUAUUUAUGAAGCAAUGGAUAGAGCCAAAGAAGCUAUUGCACAUGGUUUUCGUGGAGUUCAGAAGCAUUAUGAGAAAGUGUUUCAAAUUAUUGAUGCAAGGUGGUCAGAACAACUCCAUCGGCCUUAGCAUGCUGCAGGCCAUGUUUUGAAUCCAGGAUUAUAUUAUAAAGCUGAAGAAGAGGGAACUUUAUUACAGACUUUGUGGACCAAGUAUUCUGCAUGUGUUGAAUAGUUGGUCCGGGAUACAACAAUUCAAGAUGCACUAAUCGCUGAGCUUCCUAAGUACAAAAUGGCGGAUGGACUAUUUGGUUGUGGUCCGACUAAAAGAGCUAGAGACACAAGGUCACCAGUUGAAUAGUGGUCACUAUUUUGUAGUGAAACACCAAACUUGCAAAAGUUUGCCAUGAAAGUAUUAAACCUAACUUGUAGCUCAUCUGGAUGUGAGCGAAAUUGGAGUGUGUUUGAACACGUGCAUGCUGAAACAAACGCGAAACAACUGAUGGUGUUGGAGACUGAAUUAUUUGAACAAAAGGGAAGUGUGGUGUUGCAGAGACUUCUGCGGCCCCCCAGAUAUUUUAACUUCAAAGGGAGCAUAUGGAAAGCAUUUCAAAUAUGUGGUGAAGAAAAUCAUAGUGCAGCAGGUUGUAGUCCUCUUGAAAAGAAGAAACGUCGAUGCUUUAUCUGCGGUCAUUAUCGGCAUAAUGGAAAAUAUUGCAAGAAGGUCACUGCUUGCUUCAUUUGCAAGAGAAGAGGUCAUUUAGCCAAAGAUUGUCUGAAUGCUAAAACACAGAUUCUACAAGCCCAAUCUUGUGAAUUUUGUUUAAAAUGCGGUGACAAGGGACAUGAUAUGUUCACUUGUAAAGAUGGUUAUUCCUCUACUGAUCUUGAGAAAAUUCAAUGCGGGGUUUGCAAAGCUUUUGGCCAUCUUUCAUGCGUGGAUUACAAAGAUUAUGGACCAAAACAAGUAUCUUGCUACAACUGUGGGAUGCUUUGUCAUUUAAGUUCAGAUUGCUUAAAUUUACGUCGGAACAUUCAGUUAGCUUCUCCUAGCUGCAAGAAAGGCGGGACAGGUCCCUCCUGCAGUGAAGGCAAUAAUUCAGCAGAUCAUACAUUGCAAGACGAAAAGAAAGGAGAUAAAUAUCUUUUAUGUGAAAGACAAAGAAUCUGCAAAGGUCCAGGAUCUUCUUCAGCAAAUGGUGAAUCUGCGUUUUCUACAACCUCUGAUACUAUUUCUAACCUCUAUUCUACAAGUGAUGUUAAUGCUUACGUUGGCAACUUUCAAGAAUGACAGGAGAGAAGUGAUGUCUUAGGCUCUGAAGUUGCUUCCAAGAAGGUUAGCAGAUCCAGAUGGAGGAAGCGCAAGUGGCAACGAAGGAAAACUGUAAGAAUAGCUGAGGGUGGAAGAAUGGAAAAUGGCAGUCAGUGUGGCAUGCGGCAAGAAUACCAGUCUUCGGAAGAAGCAAAACCAAAUUGUUGUUGAAACUGACACCAACGUAACAUUGAGGUACCAUUUUGGUGUUUACUUUGGUGGACAAAGUACUACGCAGUUUCAGUCACCAUCUGAGCUUCCUAGAUCAAAUGUUUGGGUGAACCCUACAACUUUUAUGAAUCAUACUAGUGAAUGCUCACACCACCCAUCUCUCUAAACCAAUGUCCACAACAAUUUUUUGUUCAGGUGAGCAGAAUUAAAAACUCAACUACUCUGCAAUGAUCUGUACGGAAGGUUCCUAACAUGAACCAACUAUAACUCAAACAGUUGAAGGCCCAGUACUGUUCUGUUUACUUUCUGAUUAAUUGUAUUAGCCGGCAGUAACAAAAUCGUAGGAACCCAUUUCCUUGACAAUUCAAGGAUACUGUCAAAGUGCAAGGUGGCUGAGAAUACAGCGACCUUUUUGAUUUUCAAUAAUUAGUUUAAGGAAGAAUCACUGUUUCUUUGUCAAAUCAAAAAAAAUGUUUGUUAGUUUAAGGAAGAAUCACUGUUUUCUACAUUAAGUUCCUUUGAGAAAGCACCGCAAAACACCAUUAAGGAGCAUAGUUCAAGUUGUAACCAACAGGUAUAAAUUUUACCAACAAUCCUUGUUUCAAAGAGUGCUACUAUUUGCUUAUUCUCACAUUGUCAUCUGGUUCUGCCAGUAAUUUUUUUAAUCGGUUGUCUAUAUACUUUUUUCCUCUGGAUAAUGAAGAAAGUCAGUUUUCUUGUGUG